AUGGCCUCGGAUACUCCCUACCUUCACCCGAUCUCUUGGCUCGAAUCCCACGUGGCUGGGAUUCUUGACAAGGCUGGAGUCCCCAGCUUCAUCUGGGGCGAUCGGGCGAUGGAUAUCUACGACUUGCAGGACUCGGUCCAGAGCUUGCGCUGGGUUAUUCCCGACGCCUACAUCAACCAGGCUGGCGAAGCAUUAGUGAGCGCCGGCUUUGUUCUGCAGCAGGAUUCUGAUCUGGCACCUGCCCCCGAUUAUCAGUUUGAGAUCCCGGCGGAGAUUGACUUGCCCAGGCGAUUGCCCGUCGCCCUGGACCGGAAGUCCCGCCUGUUCUGGACCUUCCCAGAUCCCCCGGUUGGCCCUCCUGAGCCCUACGACGACUUCUACACGGUGACCUCCGAUGUCCGGUUUUAUUGGAGAUUCUCAGACAAUGUUCGAGAUCGGCCAAUCUUCCUGGUUCCUACGUACCCCGUUGAGAACAGCAUCGAUUUUAUCUGCUCAUCUCCCCUGCCUGACGAUGGGUAUCACCCGCAUCCCUAUAUCGUCGACUCCUCGUUCCAGGACAGGUGCAAUGUGGAAGAACCAUUCUUCCUGCAGCGGCAUCAGGCGAAGCCCUUCCUGUACUCCAGACUGGGGCCGAAUAACCCGUCUCCUUCAAAGCCCGUGGUCAAGGUCAAGGUCCCCCACUGGGAAAAGUACUUUGAGGCCAUGGUCUUGCUGCUCCUCCGAGACCUCCCGUUGCCGGAGGAAUCUAACUGGGCAAAGCGAGCUGUAUUUGACAUUGCUGACGGUCUUUGGAGGUGGCAACCGCGCAUGUCACAGAUCGACUAUCAAGAUAUCUUCGACAAGGUGAUCCUCCAGAUUCGGGACGCGAGGUCGGAUUCCACUCUUCAACGGGAUGGUGUCCGGCUCAGGACCUUGCGAUAUCUGAAGGCCUUUCACCAGACACUAAAGAAAAUGUUACUGCUUCCACUACCGGGUUCUAGCGCACCUGAUGCUGAGCGUCUUGCCACCGAGCCUUUGGAGGUUCUAUUCCAAAGGCUUCAGGUGGAAGAUGAAGACAGCAUGACUGGUGUUAAAUCCUCCAACCGACACCCACACCCGCACGCCUUUCUGCACCACCGCGCAUUGAUUUUGCUUCUUUGUAGCCGGCAAAUUAAAGAAAAGCUGAUGAAAGGUGAGGAGGGGAUGGAUGGUACGUGGGUCGAGCCACAGGCCAUCAGUUGGUUCGACUAG